CCGCCACUUCCUGUUUCACAUUCACCUUGGCCUGUCUCAGGUGAGCGUCCUCGCAGGUUGGAGAAUUCCCCCGAAGAGCAGCCCUGCUGGGGUAAAGUUUCCCGACCGACUCGGGCGGACGGGGACAAAGUCCCUCCUUCUGUCCCAUUCUUCUGCGGUUUAGUGUUACGACAUUCUACCUGUCCAGGUGAACUGCACUCUUCAUGAAGUCAUCUAACUUCGAUGUGUCCCACUUCUGUCCGCCUCAUCGGAUCUAAACGGAGUUUCAGCCUCGACUCACAAUGGCGGAGGCCUCGGCGCCGCCUCUCGAAGACCCCUUUUGCCAAACGUGCCUGCAGCCGCUGGACCGAGAGUCAGACUCGCCGUGCGGACACACCCACUGUCAGGCGUGUCUCGCCAGCUACUCGUUGGAGAGCAACCUUUGCCCGACGUGCCGCGAGCCCCUGUCGCGGAACUUCAAGGAAGGUAGUCUGCGGAUGAACAGAAUGCUGGACGACGUGGCUGUGACUCAAGACCAGAACCCUGGUGACCUGGAGGACCACAUGAACAACAGUGGGCAGCCGGAACCUGCCGGGGCGACGGAGGAUGAGCCACCUCCCCUCGUUUCCUCGCUGGAUUCAGGCCGUCAGUCGCCGCGAGAAGACCUGUGCGCCUCGUGCGGCCACAGCCACCUGCUAGAGGAGAACCACGAAUACAUUUACAAAGAAGAGGUGGACACCGACCUGAUGUGCCACAUCUGCCUGCAGCCGCUCAUCCGGCCGUUGGACACGCCUUGCGGGCACACCUACUGUCAGGAGUGCCUCACCAGCUUCCUGCUGGAGAGCGACUUCUGUCCGGUGUGCCGCGCACCGCUCAUGCUGCAGAGCUGCAGGAAGCCCAGCCUGCUGGUGCACAAGCUGCUGGACAAGCUGACUGUGGUUUGCCCCUUCAAGGAUCACUGCACUCAAGUCCUGGCCCGAUGUGACGUGGCGGACCACAUCAAAAGCAGGUGUAAAGGCGCCUCUCACUAUGGACUCUCGGCGGACAGGAAGCGACGCUCUCAAGAGGGCGAGUGCACCGACAGCACAUCGGAACUCACCAUCGCCACGUUGCCCGGCGACGGCCCGGCAUCCGCCGCCGUGGCCCUGCUGUCAGACGAGGCGGGUCUGGUCAACCCGGCCUUCGACGCCAGCAUGGAAGAACACAGCCAGUCGGGCAGCACCGGCAGCCUGGCGGCCCGCUGCAGCAGCAAGAAGAGUGAGUUGCGGAGUCGUUCUUUCCGAAGGCUCAACCGGGCGUUCAGCGUCCUGCGGAGGACCAAGAGCGGCACUGCCGUCAACCAUGAGACCUUGGAAGAACGGGACAAUGCCAGGAAUUCCAGCGUGCCACAAGGAGUGUUGGCUCUGCCUCAGCUCCACCACUUGAUCCCCGACGGGGAAGUGACCAGUAUCAAAAUCACGCGGGCGGAUCCGACCGAGCCGCUCGCCAUCAGCAUCGUCGGCGGCAACGAGACGCCGCUGGUGCGCAUCCUCAUUCAAGACAUCUACAGGGAGGGGGUCAUCGCUCGAGAUGGCCGACUGCUCCCCGGGGACAUGAUCCUCAAGGUGAACGGCAUCGACAUCAGCAACGUGUCCCACUGCUACGCCGUGGCCACCCUCAAGCAGCCGUGCCAGCUCCUGCGCCUCACCAUCCUCCGGGAACAGCGCCACCGCUACCGCCACCCGCACAUGGCCGGCGUCGCCGAGGGCCACCCGUCGCACGGGCCGCCACAUCAGCACCCCUUCCGGGACGACAACGUUCACGUGGUGCUGAGCAAAAGCGCGCCUGACGAGCAGCUGGGCAUCAAGCUGGUGCGGCGGCCCGAGGAGCCCGGCCUCUACAUCUUUGACCUGCUGGAGGGCGGCCUGGCGGCGCGUGACGGACAGCUGUGGGUCGGAGACCGCGUGCUGGCCAUCAAUGGACACGAUCUGCGUUACGGAGCUCCGGAACAUGCUGCUCUGCUCAUACAGGCGAGCGAGGAAGGCGUCCACUUCAUCGUGUUCCGCCAGGUCUGCUUGCCCGCGCCCGACAUCCUCCAAGAAGCUCCGUGGGCCCUGGACGGCCCACCGCCGUAUUCCCCGGUGGACAUUGAGCAGACACUGCUGGACCAGAAGCCCGCCUGCUACGAGAAGACGGUGACGCUGAGCAAGGAGCCGUACGACUCGCUGGGCAUGGCCGUCGCCGGUGGCAUGUCAAGCCGCGGGUGGGACCUGCCCAUCUACGUCACCAACGUGGACCCCGACGGAGUUGUCGGCCAGGAGGGUUCCAUACGCAAAGGCGACAUCUUGCUCAACGUGAACGGCGUGGACCUGACGGGGGUGACGCGGAGCGAAGCCGUGGCCAAUCUGAAGAACACCUCCUCGCCCGUGGUGCUCAAAGUCCUGGAGAUGCGACCCCCCGAUGAGGGUCUGCCAGAGGGCGAGCUGCCGCCCUGCCUGGCGUCCUCGCCCGACAGCAGCUCCAAGAGCCCGCUGCCCAACAACGACUACUCCCCGCUGUGGGUGUCGUGGCUGCAGCUGCCCAGGCACUUGUACAGCUGCAAGGACAUCGUGCUGCGACGGAGCAUGUCGGGCAGCCUGGGGUUCAGCAUUGUGGGGGGCCAGGAGGAAGUCAACUGCAACCAGUACUUUUUUAUACGCUCUAUCGUCAAGGGCACGCCAGCCUACAACGACGGCGGGAUAAGGUGCGGCGACAUCUUGCUGGAGGUGAACGGGAAGAGUACGUGGGGCAUGACCCACAUGGCGUUGGUACGUCUCCUCAAGGAACUUCGGGGAAGAAUCACGUUGACCAUCGUGUCGUGGCCGGGAAGCCUGAUGUGAACGGACGUUUGAGACUGGACUUUUUUUUUUGUCUCUGGGAACGAGGACACAGAACGCUUGAGGUUCUACUACUGUAAAUGUCAGGUGUGUAUAUAAAAAAAAAAAAAUACAGAAUGAAGCACUUGUACUACAUCCGUUGAUCACGUUGCCAAGUAGUCGUCUGUGUCGUUUGACUCGUUUCUUUCAGAUUCAAAGGAAAAAAAAAAAAAAAGUGAUGCUAUUUAAAUACCGUGAUUAGGUGACUUUGUGGAAGCCUUACUCAUUUUUCUUACUUUGAAGAGAUUUCAGAAAAGUGACUCGGUUGCUGCGUAUCCGUCGGAGGCCGUCCGCCGUGGUUGUUUGUGUUCCGCUUCGGCCCGUCUCGUAUAACUGAUAUCGGUACACUCGGUUCAAUGGUCAAUAAAAAGACAUUGAGAAAAA